ACGUGUGUUGUGCAAAUGUUUUUGUCGCAUGCGAAUUCCCCAUUAAUAUUAUUCAUUGAAGUGGAACGCAGGCUUUUAACGUGAGAGAGAACCUCUAACCAAGAUUCCAUGAUCAACUUCUGCUAGUAUUUAAGCAUUUUGUGCUUUUUACGUUCUCCACAAAGUAUAUUUAUUGUACACCGCAAUGGCUUUAAAAAGAAUAACAAAGGAACUUCAUGAUUUUGACAUGGAUCCUCCGUCGGCAUGCUCCGCUGGUCCUGUGAGUGAUGACUUAUUUAAUUGGCAAGCCACGAUUAUGGGACCAACAAACAGCGCAUAUGAAAGUGGUGUGUUUUAUCUCAAUAUCCACUUCCCCGCAGAUUAUCCUUUCAAACCACCAAAAGUAUCAUUUACAACAAAAAUCUACCAUCCAAAUAUCAACAGCAAUGGCAGCAUCUGUUUAGACAUCCUCAGAUCACAGUGGUCGCCAGCACUCACCAUCUCAAAAGUUCUUCUGUCAAUUUGCUCUCUGCUAACGGAUCCUAACCCUGACGACCCUCUGGUACCUGACAUCGCCCGCGUCUACAAGACGGACAGAACCAAAUAUAAUAUGAUCGCCAGAGAAUGGACACAAAAAUAUGCAAUGCUCUGAAGAUCGAACUAGACGGAGGGGAGCAGGAUUGAGGGUGAAUGUCUAGCUGUUCUCAGUGACCUAGCCAACCAACCAGCAGGCUUCCUGGACCCUCUUGCCCAUUGUAGGGGUCAGGGGUCAGAGGUCAGAUAACCUUGUAGCCAGCCUUGUUAAACCAAUCCUAUGCCGGUCCAAUUAUUAUUACAUUUCUACUCCUAGCUUACUUAGGGUGCGUUCAAGCGACUUUUAGUGACCGUGAUUCAGCAGAGUCACGAUACAAAACGCAUCUUUUUCAGCGUUUUAUGUUUGCGUUUUGAAACACGUUUAUUUUUACGACCGACGAAAAAUCGCUUGAAUGUAACAGUGUUUUGAACUAAUCGUCUUUAAAAAAAGGGUUUCUAGGGUGAUCUUAAAGUGUCGCUUGAACGCAUCCUUACAUAUCAUCCAAUAUUGCGAUCGUAAUCCUUCUUUUCUUGUCUCAUAUGAGGGUGGCCUCAAAGCAAGUUUAUAAUAUCGCAUCACGUACAGUUAGAGGUUUUGUGUCUUCUGUUGUGAUAUAUCAUUGAGAGUAAUGAUGGAUUGAUCAGAAUUUGAAAAAUGCUAGGGUUAGUAUUUAUGUAUCCUCUUUAAGAGAAAUAGUACCUUGAUUGCAAGUUGUUUUAAAGGAAAUAGGCAGGUAUGGCAUACAUUAACUUCAGGACUUUCUUAAAACCAAAUUGUAAGACACUUUGUUCUUCUUCAAAAUCGCUUUAAAUAGAAAUCAGUAUGGGAAGGUGCUCGUGUUACUAUUAAAGAAUGCUGUACUUAGUUAUGUAAUUUUGGUGUAAAUGUACAACAGGUAUACAACUAAGGUGUUCUUUCUCUCUGUAGUUACAAAUGCAGCAAAUAUUUUGCUUCUUUUAUGUAUUUAGAGAAAAAAGCUUCUCUUAUAUUUUGCUGCAUUCGUACUGCUUUGUAUGUAUUGAUGCACUGUACAGAACGAAAGUGUACAAUUAUGAGAUUUUACCGAUUGGAAGAAUGAGAAGUCUUUUUUUAACAAGCCAGGAAUUUGUAGGAUUCCAUUGCCUAGUUUCUGUAUAUGAGGUGCUUCGGUCUCGCUUUCUUUAGAAUUGAUACUGACAGAAAACUGAAGUUAAAUCAUAAAAAUUCAGGUAAAUGCAGGAUUGAAUUAGCUUUGCUUACACAGUCAUAUCGCUAUAUGUGUUUUUUACACAGUUCGAUGUUCACCAGCUUUUACUUCACCUGUUUUUCUUUCUUCUUAAAAACGUUUGGGAAGAAUAUACUCUUUGUGUUCUAUGUAUGCAUACAGUUAUUUUAUCCUGAUAUUUACAAAAAGUUGAUUUUUAUCAGAUGAUAUUUUUUAACAAUUGAUGUUACCUGUAUAACCAAACCAGAGUAACUCAUCUUGACUGGUGUACAUCGUUUGAAUAAAGUACAUGUGUAUUGCACUUUUAAAAAAGAGAAAGAAAAAAAAGUGACAGUAGCAAACCAAAUAUAAUGUUGUGUAUGAAUAGUAAAUGCUGCAAAUCAAAGUAGAUUCAAGUAGGAUUCUGGGGAACAACCCUUGGAUUAUUGUCACCCCAGACAACUACCUUAUGGAAAAUUUCAACCCCU